CAGGCCGGCUGGCGUCCGACCUGUAGAGUGGGUUCCCGGCGCUGCGUACUUUAGUUUUCGGGGCUGUCCUUUGACAACCGCCACCGCGGGCUUGGAACUCCCCGAAAGUUUUUCCUUAACAAAAGUCCCUCUUUUUUCACUUCAAGACUGAAGCUCGAGGAACUCACCAUUUGGCUGAAAUAGAGACAAGAUUUCCCAAACUUUCGUCGGAGGAAAAAGAAAAACAAACCUAACGGCGGAGGAGAGAAUUUCUAGCGUAUGGCCCACCGUUUAUUUGAAGUUUCUUAUUUUGCCUUAAAAACGAGGAAAUUUGCAUUUUGCUCCUGUGGCAUAUUUUUGUUUGUUUUCUUGAAAACAUUUAAAGCCACCCGUUAAAUUAGUACACCCUUUAAGGUGAACCAGUUCUUUUCCUGUGGCUUCAGUGCCUUUACACCCCUUACCCACCCCUCGAGUGUUACUUUGUACAGAACUGGUUUGAGUUAUGGAAGAACCAAAUUCUGACCGCUAUCGCGUAGUACUUAAGCACUAGAACCCUGUAUUAGCGAGCUGGUCACGUCAAUUUAGGUUACUGGAUUAAAGCUUUACCUAAGGCUUUGACGGCUUAGCAAGGAUACUGAGGUUCUAGUCUUACUGAAUUGUUUUCACGAUAGACUUACUUUUGUCUGACCUAAUGAUGUCUGCCUGAAUAAGCAGAGUGUGACAUGUUGGAUAUGCCCAUCUAGGCCACAGGACCUUCUUUUUAUUCUGAGAGCGGUUUGGAUACUUAAAGAAGAUUAUUUGAAGACUCCUUCUGGAAUCAAAUAGCAUGGAUCCCACCAGUGACUACCAUUUCCUCAAUCAGAUUUUGUGGAGAAGAGUGAAACUCACAUUGGUUUGUGGCAUCUUUGAGGGAGUGCUCCAGCAUGUGGACCCUAACAAGAUUGUUGUCCUGAAGAAAGCCGCUCCCCAUCACUUGCACUGCCUGAGCUCCACCUCCUGUCAGCAUUAUGUGAAGAAUGUGGAGACUGAUCGAAGUGUCCCAGGAGUGAAGAUGUUUUUUGGACACGAGAUUGUGAAUGUGGAACUACUGGAUGAAGAAGAACAAGGUGCAGUAAGAGAAAAGGCAUCUUCUGUUAGUCUAAAUACAGAAAGAAACAGGAUGGAUACAAUAAAAGAUGAAGACAUAAAUGUAUAUAAGCCUGCUUCUCCUGCCUCUGAGGCACCAACCACUUCUCUGCUAAAUGACCUCAAGUACAGCCCAUCAGAGGAAGAGGAGGUGACAUACACAGUCAUUGAUCAGUUCCAGCAGAAAUUUGGUGCUGCAAUGCUCCACAUCAAGAAGCAAAGUGUCCUGAGUGUGGCAGCAGAAGGAGCUAAUGUGUGUCGUCAUGGGAGACUAUGUUGGCUUCAGGUGGCCACAAAUAGCCGAGUUUACUUAUUUGACAUUUUCCUUCUGGGAAGUCGUGUUUUCAGCAAUGGACUUCAGAUGGUAUUAGAAGACAAGAGAAUUUUGAAGGUUAUCCAUGAUUGUCGUUGGCUUUCUGAUUGCCUCUCUCGUCAGUAUGGAAUUUUGCUGAAUAAUGUCUUUGACACCCAGGUAGCAGAUGUCCUUCAAUUUUCCAUGGAAACAGGCGGCUUUCUUCCAAACUGCAUUAGUACUUUACAGGAGAGUUUAAUCAGACACCUUAAAAUAGCCCCUAAAUAUCUCUCCUUUCUGGAAGAGAGACAAAAACGGAUUCGGGAAAACCCAGAACUAUGGUUCACACGACCUCUUUCACCCUCUUUGCUAAAAAUUUUGGCCUUGGAAGCUACCUACCUGCUGCCCCUUCGCUUGGUACUCCUAGAUGAAAUGAUGUCUGAUCUAACUACCCUGGUGGACGGGUACCUAAACACCUACCGAGAAGGGUCUGCAGACUGGCUGGGAGGCAUGGAGCGUAAAUGUAUGGAGCUCCCAGAGGAACUGCUUCGACUGAAGGACUUCCAGAGACAGCGCAGAGAGAGAGCUGCAAAAGAAUAUAGAGUAAAUGCGCAGGGACUCCUAAUACGGACAGUACUACAUCCAAAGAAGUCUAUGACAGAGACAGCAGGGAAAAAGGGAAAAGUAAGAGGUUUCUUACUUUGUAAAAAUUCUAGGCUAGAUAAAGCUCCAAAUUUUACAUCUCACAAGGAUGUAAAUUUGCUAAAAGAAGAAUCUAAGAGUAAGCAAACCACAGCGGAAUCUCAACAUCUACCUCCCAUAAAGGAAGAAGUCAGUGAAGAUUCCAGUAACAAACGAAUUUGCCCUGAGUCAGAGGGGUUUAAGGACCAGAGAAUAACUCUAAAAGAAUACCUCAAGAUACCUAAACAAGAGUUUCAGACAAAUUUAUCUUUGAAAGAGGAGAUAGAACAGUUACUGAUGGUGGAAAACAAGGAAGAUCUAAAAUGUACAAAACGAGAUGUUUUAGUGUCUCCUUCCUUUCCUCAGGAAACCAGAGUGUCUCCAAGUGACAUUUUUCAUCCUUUUAGAAAAGCUGUGCUUCCCACACAUCCUCCCUGCCCAGCUUUGGAGAAGACUGAUUCCUGGAUAAAUCCAGAUUCUCCCAAUCUGCCUUAGAGAUCUGCAGUUUGUUCUUGAGGCCAAUAAAGGUGGCUUAUUUCCUCUGCCAUCAAGACCUUCCUCAGUGCUAAAGUUUCUUGUGCUGUAAAUUAGUCACAGGCUUUGGGGGAAAUUAUAUCCUCUUGCUUGCUCCUAUAUUCUUAGAAUUUGAUUAGGAUGGGGAUGAAUAAGUUAAAUAAUGGAAGAAGUAAAUGUUCUGAUUAUGUCACUGUGUAGAAAUGUUCCCUGUGGCCAAACUGAAUUAUUUCUCAUAAUUUGGGUUUAAAGGAUUUGAAGAAGGGAAAAAUUUUGGACUUAGUGUCUGGAAGAAUCUAUACUUUAAAUUUUUUGUUGUUUUUUCUGGUUUGAAGGAUGUUGGUAAAACUCUUAGCCAUAAGUUUAAAAAUAUUAGUACCUGACAACUUUACCUGUACUUUUUUCCUUUUUAGAAUAUUAACUUUGUCAAUUAUACCUCAAUAAAGAUGAA